UGAAGAUUUUUAUUAACAUAAGAAACUACAAAAACUUUUACAAUAUUCAGUAUUUAUUUUGCUAACGCCUUUUAGGCGCCCAAUAUAAUAUCACAACGUUUAGAAAUUGUAGUUGUGUAGUAUGUAAUACAUAUAUACAUUCCAUCUUUGAAAUUGGGUGCCAAUUGAUGUUGAUUGCCUUCAAAAUCCAUUUUAUAAUCAGACCUUAGCAAGCAACAUAUUCUGCAAUUAAAAUUCCAAAACGUUUUUCAGGCUAUAAAUCAUAGAUUGUAUGCUUUUCCUAUGUUCAUAAGUCUUCAAAAGUAUAUGUAAUAAUAAUAAUGCCAAACAAGUGAUUAUUCAUGAAUAUAUAAUUGCAUUGAAAGGUGUCAAGAGAAUGAGUUGUCACAGUCAGGUGGUUUAUUGGACAUGAAGUGUACGUAUGGAUGGAUUGAUAUUAUGUUGCUGUUGAUCAUGUGAUUCGGCAAGGUACCUGAAAACGUUUACAAUGAUUGUUGGCACUUGGCAGAUAUUUCUCCUCAUGCUUCUUAUUGUUGUAAACAAAACCCAAUCCAUCUCGAUGAAAUGCCCCAACUGCAACUUUUAUGUUUUUAUCAUCACUGAUGAUUCCACUGGUACUGGAAUUCAACGGGGAGCAAGGAAUGAGAACGAAGCCAUUAGAAUACAGCAAACCGCUAAAUCUGUAGAAUUACAUGUUAUUACAGGCAAAGAGGCAUGCAGUUCAUACCCUAAAUUAGCUUGUGGAAAAAAUUCCAAAUGCGAUCCAGUAGAAGACGAAGUUCCGUAUUAUAAAUGUUCAUGUAUAGAGGGAAAUUACAAAGAAGUACGAGAAACUGAAAGAUUUACUUGCUCAGAAAUUGAUCGGGAUCUGUAAUCGUUGUACGAGGAAGAACAUUUGGGGAAUUAUACAUAGCCAUGGAAGAUUAAUAACAACAACCUAAAAAUAUAAAACUGCAAUGCUAUUAUUUAUUUAGUGAAUGCACUCAUAUUGAUUUAAUGCAUUUCUUGUAAUGAAUUGUUUUCAUAAAAACUUAUAUCCGAUUGCUUGUGCUUAAAAAUGCUAUUGCGCGGUAUGGUAGUUGAUUAAAAUCCAACAUAUCAAGCAUAUCACAUUUUAUACUUUACCUAGGAUCGUUUUAAAACUAAUUUAACAAUAUAAAGAAUAUUCAUUGGGAGUUUAAAUGUUCGCAACAUUUUAGAAGAUACGGGAUGACGUUUUCAAACAUUUUCUAAUGUGGUGAUUAACGUCCUAAAUUAAGAAUAAAAAUUGAAACUCAAACAUUGUAAUUUUGAGCAUAAAAUAUGAAUAACAAAGUAAAAUUUCGACAUUUGUAUACAUGGAAAAAUAUCUAAUAUUGUAAUUUUUAAACUGCAAAAGCUUCUAGUUGUUGGUGUACAAUUGUGUUUAAUUCAACAUCUGAUUUGCAACGUUAUGUGUUAGGGCAACAAAGAGAAUUGAACAAAAAAUUAAACUCUGAUGUAUUAUGAUAUUCAGGAAAUAUUUCUGUGUGAACCAGAUAAUUUUCAUUCACAACAUAAAUCAGAUUUCGAAACAGCAAAUAAAAUCCUAUUAUGCUUCAAUUGCAAUUUUAUUUAUUUACUUUAAUUUAUUGUCAUUGUACAUCACAACAAGAACAAAAUUCGGGCAUUUGACACGAUCAUAUUACAAUGAAGUGAUCUGGUCUAACAUUUUUAUUGUUGAAUUGGAUUUUACAUUCAAGAAAGACGUAAAUUUUAACAACUUCAAUUUGAUCGCCUUUAUUUAGUCAGGCAUUCAUGAAAAAGAUAAAGGUUUAACCUAGGUAGCAUAGUUUUUAUACCUGAGAUUAAUUUAGCUGAAAGACUAAUUUAUUGAUCAUCAGUUAUUAUUUUGAAAUGUUAGUAAAAAUAAAUAGGACAAAAAGAUUUCAUGAUACCAUAAUAAAUUACACCUAGUUGACAAUAAUCUAGACUAAAUACGAUAUAUAUAUAUAUAUAUAGUAACCACACAACGUAACUCGGUUCGUGAUUACGAAAAGAUUUUAUUACCAAAUCAUGGCCCAACCCCGGAUAGGAAGGUUAGGCUUUUUUACGCCUGAUCGCAAAUGUUAAAAUAUAAACACACCUAGGCACUCCAACGUUGAUCAAAACCAAUUUGUGGGUAUUGGCAAAAACGAAAUGACAUAUUCGAAAAAGCAAAAAGUGGAAACAGAAAGCUUUCAUGGAAAUGUUGUGAUAAAAUGUUUAUUUGAUAGUAGUCUUUUCUUUGUAAAUAAAGGAUUAGUUUUGAAGUAUAAGGACUUUUAAUUUCUCUAAAUUACAUAUCAAUAUGUUACAAAUCAUAAACAAUGCAAUGUUGUGCAGUAUAGAAAGAUCAGUAUUCACAACAAUGCCAUUUAUAUCUUGAAUAUUAUUUCUUUUGAGCUCGAUUAUUAAUAGGUUAGCGCAGUUAGUUAUUCUGUUUGUAUAAUGUUUUCAUAUUCAACAUUCUAUAAUAACACCUUAUAGCUAAUUCAUAAAAUAAGGGAAAUAUAUAGAUAAAAACGAUCCUUUGAUGGGUUAGUGGUGAAGAACUUGAGAC